AUGAAUGUUAAGACGUGGUUGCGAAACGAUAGAAACCGUUAUAGAGGAUUGAUACUGUUUCAUUCUAUUGAUGCUUUCACAUUUUUUCUACGUUUCAUUAUAUUGUGCACGGAUUUAUCGGCAAGUAUUUAUCAGCCCGACAGUGAACGGUUUUUAGUGCCGUUGGUGAUAUUUGACUUUACAUCAUCGUUUUUACUUAUCUUUUGCAAUUUAACGUAUGUGUUAAUGAAAUAUGUUGGAUCAAUUUUAUAUGAAAGUGAUCAAGAUUAUAUAUGUAUUAAAAAUAAAAAGUAUUUAUGGCAUUUGGCAACAUUGACCUGCUUUAGUUGUGACUGUUAUCAAGAUCAUCCACAAGCUAUUUUACUUACCAGAGUUUGUAUAUUACUUUUUCUAUUCGUAUUACGUUUCAUUGCUUUUACUUUGGGUGCAGCCUGUUCGAGCCAAUACUACCCUCGUGGCACAGCAUAUACAGUGAUAGCCAGUUUUUCUCUUAUACCGUCCGUUAUAACAAUUAUUCUCGAAAUAGCCCAUAUGUUUCGUUUAUGGAAUUAUCGACCAAAUAAUGACUACGGUCAUACAUUAGAUAGAGCACAUAAACGAUACAUACCAUAUGCACUAGUCAAUGAUCAACGUACAACACAUUGGCGUGUAUCAUUAUGUCAGCGACAACAAUGUAUAUCAACAAAUAAAUGUCACGUAUUGAUGUAUCAUUCAUCAAAUGUACAUUUUAGACCAGGCAAUCGAGGUAAUAACCAUGAUACUAUUCAGGAUAACCAUGUUGGACGUCCAUCUGAUACAUUUGACAAUCAAAUUGUUAUUGGUUUUCAUCAAACAUCAAAGGAAGCUGCCUAUAGUAUAGCAAAAAAUGGUUUUUCAGUUAGUACACAAGGAAUGAUGGGUAGAGGUGUUUAUUUUGCUCUGUCUAUUAAUCACACGGAAUUUAAAGCAAAUCAAUACGGUGCAAUUAUAUGUGCGACAGUAAAUUUAGGUAAAGUGCUAAGAAUAGAAAGACGUCAAGUACCUGUUGACAUAGAUGUGAGAGCACAAAAUUAUGACAGUGUCUAUUGUGAUCAUCCAAACGGCUAUGAUGAAUUUUGUGUCAGACGACCACAGCGUAUCGAAAGUUGGAUAAUCACUGUUAAUCAAAGUCUUGAUAUUCAACCAGGACUAGAUCAAGCUGUUGUACAUGAUCCAUUUGAAGGUGAUGUGUAUGAAGGAUGUAUGUAG